GCGGCUGAUACGCUGGCUGUGAGACAGAAAAGAAGAAUAUAUGAUAUUACCAAUGUAUUGGAGGGGAUCGGUUUGAUAGAGAAAAAAUCAAAGAACAGCAUCCAGUGGAAGGGUGUUGGUGCUGGAUGUAACACAAAAGAAAUUUUAGAAAGGCUGCGGAAUCUUAAAGCAGAAAUUGGAGACCUGGAGCUGAAAGAAAAGGAGCUGGACCAACAGAAAGUGUGGCUGCAACAGAGCAUCAAUAAUGUUAUGGACGAUUCAGAAAUUCAUACAUUUUCUUUUGUAACUCAUGAUGAUCUGUGUAAUUGUUUUAAUGGUGACACACUUUUGGCAGUUCAAGCUCCUUCUGGUACACAACUAGAAGUUCCCAUCCCAGAAAUGGGCCAAAAUGGACAAAAAAAGUACCAGAUCAGUUUAAAGAGUAGCUCUGGGCCAAUAAAUGUGCUUCUUCUUAAUAAGGAAUCUAGCACAUCAAGGCCUGUUGCUUUCCCAGUGCCCCCACCUGAUGACAUCACACAGCCCCACACACAGCCUAACAGUUAUAGGAAACCAGCCACCCAAGUUUCUCAGCCAGAGGAAAUGCAGAACAAGCUAUCACAUUGCAGUACAAGUAGGUAA